AUGGCAGCCGAGUCAAACUACGACUAUCUCUUCAAGGUUGUGCUCAUCGGUGACUCUGGUACCGGUAAGUCCAACCUGCUCUCGCGUUUCACGCGCAACGAGUUCAGUCUCGAGAGCCGCAGCACGAUCGGUGUCGAGUUUGCGACGCGCAGUAUCAACGUCGACGGCAAGACGGUCAAGGCCCAGAUUUGGGACACGGCCGGCCAGGAGCGCUACCGUGCGAUCACUUCGGCGUACUACCGCGGUGCGGUGGGUGCGCUGCUCGUGUAUGAUAUCGCGAAGCACUCGACCUAUGUCAACGUCUCGCGCUGGCUCAAGGAGCUGCGCGACCACGCCGACAGCAACAUUGUGGUGAUGCUUGUCGGCAACAAGAGCGACCUGCGGCACCUGCGCGCCGUGCCUACCGAGGAGGCCAAGGCGUUUGCCGCCGAGAACAACCUGUCGUUCAUCGAGACGUCGGCGCUGGACGCGUCCAACGUCGAGCAGGCGUUCCAGAAUAUCUUGACGGAAAUCUACCGUAUUGUGUCGAACAAGGCGCUGCAGUCUUCGGACGACGUCAUCAAGCCCAGCGGCGGCGAGACAAUCUCGGUGCAGCCCAGCACCGACGACGGCGGCCAGCAGAAGAAGGGCGGAUGCUGCUAG